AAAAAUCCCAUAACAUUUCCCGCCGCAGCCCUACCCUCGGGGCGGGGCGUCUCGAUCCCUCUCGCCAGUCUGUCGCGGCCCGCCGCGGAGGCAGCACGCGAUGCCUUAGCGUAUUAUGUUCCUCCCCGACCUACCGCGAGCCUGUAUGGUUGACGACGUAGCUACCUACCUCCAGGCGCCCUCCUCGGGACAGGACGAGUUCCAUCCGUUCAUAGAGGCCCUGAUGCCCUUCGUAAAGUCCUUUUCGUACACAUGGUUCAAUCUGCAAGCGGCGAAGCGGAAAUAUUAUAAGAAACACGAAAAACGGAUGAGUCUUGAAGAGGAGCGGCAUACAAAGUAUGAAUUACAGAACGAAAAGGCAGAAGUAAAACAAAAAUGGGCGUCGCGGCUGUUAGGAAAGUUGAGAAAGGACAUCACACAGGAUUGUCGGGAGGAUUUCGUCCUGAGCAUCACGGGGAAAAGGCCGGCUGUGUGUGUGCUCUCCAACCCAGAUCAGAAGGGCAAGAUGAGGAGGAUAGACUGCUUGAGGCAGGCUGAUAAGGUGUGGCGCCUAGACCUAGUAAUGGUAAUACUAUUCAAAGCGAUACCCCUCGAGAGCACAGACGGAGAACGCUUAGAGAAACAUCCUGAAUGCGCGCAGCCCGGCCUCUGCGUCAAUCCAUACCACAUCAACGUGUCCGUGAGGGAGCUAGAUCUGUACCUGGCCAACUUCAUCAACAGCUAUGAUAUCCUAAGUGGCUCUCUCUCACCCAAUCCGAGGGAGAAAGAGAACGAACACGAGGCCAAGAGCAAAGGCUAUAGCCACAAUCCGUACAACGGAGUAAUUUGCAACGAUAUUAUUCUAGCGACCGGCGUCUUCUCGUCGAAGGAACUCUGGAAGCUGUCCAAAGCCUCAAUCCUCCAAGAAACGGGCUCAGAGUCCCCAAGCGGCUCAGGCGGUAUAAAGCUCGAGUCCGGGUACUACUGCGGGUAUAAUAGUCCCGCACCGCCUGCAUUCGAGCCUCCGGCAGAGCGCGCCACGCCGUCUAUGCUCGUAGGACAAUGUUUCAGUAUCCCUCCCAGUUCAGCGGGUCUCAGCCAAGCCCCCCUGGUGUCAUCCAACACCAUAUUCUACCAGCACCCACCGCCGCCCACCGACACACAUCCAACUGCCUCAGACGCGUUAAGCAGCCACCACUCCAGCGCCAAAUACGACGGGACGACGCAGGACUCACUCGGGGACUUCGUGACCUUCGUCUGCCAGGAGCCCACGGAUGUCCACCAACUACAGGUUCACGGCCUCUCCCGAAGUCCGAAGCCAGCAUACUUCAGCAGCUCAAUGCUGCCGCCGGCGCCACUGCCGCCCAUGGCGCGGCCCGUGGCCAUCAUACGGUCCACAGGUAAUUGUUCGGCCCGCGAGGACUACAUGGCGCUAUCCUCCCUCCCAGCGAGCGAGCUAAGCUCCCCGCCGUCCCCAGAGCGCUCGCCGCCAACCUCCCCCCGCCGCCGCUCGCCGCACUACCGCACCGACUGCCCGCCGAUAUCGCACUACAACCACUUCUCACAGCCCCAGCAGGUGUUUAGCUACGGGCCGCUAAGCGGCGUGGGCCUGGGGGGCGGCGGCGCGGCGUGCGCGGGCGGCGGCGGCGCGUCCCCGCCUGGCGGGCUCGGGCUGUACGCGCCGCGCGCGCCGCACAGGGCUGCCGUCAGAUGGAACGCGCCAUUCCCUACUCUGGAGGAGGAAUUCAACAUUAUGACUGCACCCGCUGGGCCCGAUCAUGUCGUUCUAUUGGACGAUGAACGCUUCUUCCAAUCCAACGUGAUAACCUCCGAAGCGACGGCGAUGGACACGGCGGCCGUCGCCGUCGACUCCGAGGACAUCGCGCCGGACAAAGCGCCGGACCUGCGCUCGCCGUGAUCCGGAGCGUCGGCGUCGUGCGAGCGCGCCGCCGCCGACGCCGCCGCCGCCGCCGCCGACGCCGAGCUGGACGCGCACACCGUGCUGCGCUGGACGCCCGCGCCGCCGCCGCAUUGGCGACCUGUACUGCAUAGAGCCAAUUAAUAUACAAACGUGAAAAACCUACACGAGUACACAGUUCUGACACUAAAAUCUCGCGUUUUGUACAAAUAUUUAGUGAUUAGAAUGGGAUAUGGCGAUAUAAUUUCAUUAUUUUUACCUUAUCAGAGGUUUCAGCUGGUGUAAGCCACGGAUCACGGAUGACUGACGUCCCAUCAAAAUGUCAACGGAGAUUGAACUACCCAAAAAUAGUUUAUAGAACAUUUUUAUAAACAAUUUUCGGGUAGUUUAAUGUUCGCGUUAGAGCCGUUCAUAACACUUAAUAUAUACACAGUUCUUGUAAAAAAAAAAAUGUCUGAACUACCAAUGAAAAAAAAAAUCUGAUUUCAAGUUAACAUUGCAGUCUAUAUUGUAACUACCCUUAAACUUCAUCGCGAAAAAGUGUUUUUCAAGUCUCCAAUGCUUCGCUGUAAGCACCGUGGUCAUAGAAGUUUUUUUGGGGUAAAUACAAAACCCCAUUUUUAAUGGUUGUUAGAAUAAAGACACAAAACUAAUUCAUCUUCAGGCCUUUUCAACAGUAGAGAAGGCGCAGUCACAAUGUUUUCAAAGAAAUGUAAUAAGGGAAAUUAAAUGAUCGACCAAUGAAAAAAAUGCGCGACAUGG